AUGUUCCCAGAGUCAGCAUUGCCUAACGUUUUCCGAAGCCCAACAAAGUGCUAUUAUCUUCUAGUAGUAAUCCGCAAGAUCAAAUGUGAUGAGGCGAGGCCAGACUGUCAGCGAUGCAUUGGCACUGGUCGCAAAUGUGAUGGCUAUGGAGAUACAGACAGUGUGACGCAGCAGACACUAAUCAUUCGAGAGCGUCCACCUAUCACGCGUGCACUCAGCAAUGAUCUUGGGACAGAGCUGAGUUGUCCUGCUUUUGACUACUAUCGAGACCAUGUCUCUCACCAAGUUGGCGACACGGUGGAUAGCGACUUCUGGGGUGAUCUAGUGUUGCGACUUGCACCUACAGAUCCCGCAAUACGGCAUGCCAUUUCAGCAAUCAGCCUGAUACCCGCCAUCCUGGAGUACAACAAAGCCAUCCUCGCCGUCCGGUCAUGGCCGUUAGCCACAGUGUCAAGGGUGAAGCCUCUACUCGUAUGCUUAUUGUUUGUCUGCAUUGAGUUCAUGCUAGGCGAUGAGCAUCAAAACGCGGCCAAAAUGCACAUUCUGCAGGGACGAAGGCUUCUUGCAAACAUCAAGGACCGGAAAACACCAGAAAUCGACAUCAUUCGACAAUACCUGGCCCCUAUAUACUUACGGCUCGCAUAUGUCGGCAAUGAUAGAGUUGACUUCCCGACGCAUCUUCUACAAAUGACGACGACGCCGCUCAAGUUCGCUUCUCUGGCUGACGCACGGUGUGUCUUGUACUACCUCGUCGAUAUUGGAUUCACUCUUAUCUAUAAUGUCAAGUCGUAUCGCUCAAACGGUAUCAGCGAAACUCCAGAUACCCAGGGAGAUGCACUGCAGUCAAGAUACAAACACAUUGCCCAUGAGCUGGCCAACUGGCGUCAUGCAUUUGAAGCGUACCUUGCAUUCAGUGAUCUCGACGCGCCAGAUACAAGAACCGCCAAGCUUCUGACACAGAGACACUGUCUCAUGAUAGUGUUCCUCGACUCAAUGGUCUUGGGGUCAGACUAUGUCUGCGAUAGGAACAGCUUAUGCGAGUUUUCCAUUGCCGCUGACUGUGCAACGUUCACGAUCGAGUAUGACAAUGAGAUCAUGCAAGGCCCAUCAUUCACCUUUGAAAGCGAGGUUGUUGUUCCGGUUUACUGGAUAGCUGCCAAGUGUCGACAACCGGCUAUUCGGAGGAGAGCCCUGGAAAUUCUUUACGAGCGAGAAAAGACGAACCGUGUAGAGAGUCUCACGAUGAUAAAGCAUACCAUCGCCAUGGCCAAAAGAAUCAUCGAGAUUGAGGAGGAGGGACUUGACAUACCACAUGACACAAGACCCAUGCAAGACUACCCAAACAAGUAUGAAGUUGUGUCGAGAAAAGAGUCUAGCGAAUGGGCUGAGGGCUUUCUAACAGAUCAAAAAGAACAGUGGCCGGUGUUGUGGGAUCUCGGGAGCCACUGCUCAAACAUUCCAACGAAGCUGACCAGGAUUGCUGCUGCGACGGAGCAGAAGGAACUUGCGGAGGGACUAGCUAAAGGUUGGCCUAGAGAGCGACUCGUCUGGCCAUACGGAAUUACGAGAGAGCGGAGAGUGUUGAGUAUUGUUGUGAAGAGACAUACUGCCGAUGAUCUAUGGCUGGAGUAUGUGAGGGAGCCUCUGACGGGCGGCGGGGACUAUCGAGUUAUGAAGGAGCAUAUACGGUUCAGAUAA